AUGAAGGUAUCGGUACAGGCUGUGGCAGUGUGGGGGAAAACAGCUCCUUCUCACAGCAUCACUGCUAUUAUGAUUACAGAUGACCAGCAGACUGUAGUUACAGGAAGUCAAGAAGGACAAAUAUGUCUCUGGGAUCUUUCAUCAGAAUUAAAGAUAUCAUCUAAAGAAAUUCUCUUUGGCCAUACUGCUUCUGUAACUUGUUUGGCAAAAGCAAGAGAGUUUGAGAAACAGCCAUAUGUAGUAAGUGCUACUGAAAAUGGGGAGAUGUGUGUUUGGGAUGUUACUAGUGGACAGUGCAUUGAGAACGCAAAGCUUCCUUAUAGGCAUACAGCAAUCUACUAUUACCAUUGCUCGUUCCGAAUGACAGGUGAAGGCUGGCUUCUUUGUUGUGGAGAAUAUCAAGAUGUUCUUAUUAUUGAUGCUAAGAAUUUGGGUGUUCUUCACACUUUAUCAUCAUCUCAGUCUUCUGAUUGGAUUAAUUGUAUGUGUAUUGUACACUCUGCAAGAAUUCAAGAAGACUCAUUGGUUGCAGUGUCUGUAACUGGAGUUCUUAGUGUGUGGGACCUGUCUUCGUCUUUGAAUAGCAUACAGGAGAGGCAAAGGGUGUGCGAGAAGGAAUCAAAAUUUCUGGACUGUAUAAAUUGUCAAUCGGUACGGUUUUGUACUUACACAGAAAGGCUCCUUCUAGUUGUGUCCUCCGCAUGCUGGCAGGUCUAUGAUUAUUGUGAUUUCUCCUUGCUUUGUACUGAGUUCUGUAAAAGUGGCCAGUGCUUUGCUGGUGGAGAAGUACUAGCAGCUUACAGACUUAUCAUCUGGACAGAAGAUGGCCACAGUUACAUCUACCAGCUGCUAAACAGUGGGCUUUCUAAAAGCAUAUAUCCUGCUGAUGGGAAGGUGCUGAAAGAAACUGUUUAUCCUCAUUUACUCUGCUUUACUGGUGUGAAGGAAAAUAAGAGUUUUCCUUUCGUCAUGGGCUUCAUGAAUGAAAGAAAGGAGCCUUUCUAUAAGGUUCUUUUUUCUGGUGAAGCUUCAGGAAGGAUCAGUUUGUGGCAUGUUCCUGAUGUCCCUAUGUCAACAUUUGAUGGCUCGCCAAAAGAGAUUCCAAUUACAACAACAUGGACUCUUCAGGAUAAUUUUGAUAAAUACCAUUCAAUGUCAGAGGGCAUCAUUGAUCACCUUUUUGCAUCUAAAGAUGGAAUUGGAAGUGCAGUUGUCAGUUCCUCUGUAUACAUACCCAGUCUCGAUAAGCUCGUAUGUGGAUGUGAAAAUGGGAAAAUUUUUGUAACACUAGGUUUAAGAACUGCAAGAGCAAGACUUCUAGAAAACGUAUCUUUGCUGAAAGAUAAUCUACCUUAUAAAGUUCUGAAUGGUCAUAGUAGCAGAGUCACUUGUUUACUUUAUCCACAUGACAAAUCAGUAAGAUUUGAGCCAAGCUGGCUGUUAUCAGGGGGCCAGGAUUCUAUUGUGAUCUGCUGGGAUAUAUUUACUGGAGAGAUCUUACACCAAUUUAGUCUGCAGUCUGGUCCGGUGACAGAGCUCUUGCGAUCUCCAGAAAAUUACAAAUUAAAAGAUUACAGUAUAGUGUGCUGCGUGUGCAGUGAUCACUCAGUAGCAAUUCUACACCUUCAGAAGAGACUAUGUCUCUUACAUGCCAGAAAGCAUCUGUUUCCUGUGAAGAAGAUAAAAUUUGACCCUGUUGAAAAUCUGCUAAUUGUUGGAUGUGAAGAUGAUUCAGUUUAUAUUUGGGAAAUUGAAACAGGCACGCUGGAAAGACAUGAAACAGGUGAAACGGCAAAAGCAAUUCUUACUUCCAUUGAAGAUUCAGAAUACUUAGUGGCAGAUGCUGUACUUCCUGUAUCUCAAGAGUCAAAAAGAAAUAAAAAUGCUGGAUGCAAACCCUCUAGCUCUUAUAAGCAUGGCAUGGUCUCUUACAAUCUUACUCAUACAGAAAAAUCUUCAGAUAAGUUAACUGAUACCAGCCGCAUCCAACAGCCCUUUACUAUUUUGCCAGUUAAGACAAAAUGGAACAAUGCUAACUUUCAUAUUCUCUUAUUUGAUCUGGAAAAACUUGAGGAACUUCUGCUGUCAUCUCAACUCAAUGGAUUAAAGUCACUGAAUUCAUUUCACACCUAUGAUACUCUAGAAAGAGCCAAAAGUACUCCUGAGAAAAGGCCACUGACAUUGAAAAGAAAUAAAACUGCUGGCUCCAUAUCUCCAGUGGAUGGGCAAGUAGAUACUCUUUGUUCAAAACAGGUCUGUAGGGAUAACAACGCAGCUAGGCCUUUGGAAGAAAGUGGUGGCAUGAAAAGACAGAAGAAAAUGAAGAGUUCAAGACAGAUUAGAAUGCAGCCAUCAGGAAACAUUGAUGUGAAUGUCACCACUGAUACAGCUAAACUGCUUUUGUCAUGUCUCUUACCGUGGGGUGUAGAUAAAGAAAUAGACAAUCUUUGUGUUAGAAACUUAGAUAUCUUGAGGCUUCAGUGUCCUGUUUCUUUUGGAAUUGUGUCAAAUGAAAACCACCUAUCACUAAUGUUGCCAGGAUGGAAAUGUACUGAUUGUAGUGUGCUAGAAGAACAUCCAGUAACCAACUUAUUUUCAAAAAGAGUGAUUGAUUUAUCAAACAAGUACCUUGCUGCAACUGAAGGACAAACUGGAAAGAAGGAUGUACCCGAGAAUAAUGUUUAUGGAACAAAGGGAUUGGAAACAGUAUUCUUCUUAUUUAGCAGAAUAGCUUUCAUCAACAGGAUAAUUAACAUACCUUCACCAGUUACAGGUGAAAUUGAAAGUCCACAGAAAUCAGAAUCCAUACACGACAAAUGGCGAAAUAUAGAAGCAGUAACACCUUCGUUCCCCAAUUUUUAUGGAGAGUUACCAAGCAGUAAGCAUAGAUAUCAUUCCUCAGACUUCGGGAAUGUUUCAUUGCUGAAACUCAUUUGUUGUUGGAGUGACCAAUCUAUAAAGAUUAUUGAGGCAAUGCAAGCGGUGCUGCUGGCAGAAGUUCAAAGGACUAUGAAUACCUUGAGAAAGACAGCAAUCUGCAGAGAGCCAUUGGCCAUGGUAGAGAAUGGAAAUGUCAGUGCACUGAAGCAUGACAAGAGCUCAAACUCGGCAAACUUCCAAGAUGCGGAGGAUACGCCUGACAGAUGUGUCUUGGAAGAGUCUGAGAGUCCAGAUGACAUGAAGCCACACCCCUGGAUAUCUAAGGUGUGCUCCUGUAAGGUGUGUUAG